CACAGCUACCGGUGAAGUGGGAGGAGGUGGGUGAGGUGUCUCAAGUUAACAUCUACCUUCUGAAGUCAGGUCGUGGUGUGCCUCUGAAGGAAGCCCAAACCACCACCUACGGCCUGGCUCACGACACACACCAAGACAGGUCAGUUCCAUAGGUCACUUAACCCCUUCUCGUGGUCACUCAAUCAGUCACUCAUUCACUCACUCACUGCAGGUCGUUCGUGGUGAUGGCAGCAGACGACCAAAGGUUCAUAUCGGGAAGGCAGGCCGGGAAGCUCCUGUUGGUGUCGUUGGUGGUGGAGGAUGACACCGUCACCCUCGAAGCCCCAGGGAUGGAGGAGGGGGUCAAGUUUAACCUCCAAGACGUUCAAAACAAUAACAAGGUUGUCGACUUUAGGAUGUGGAAGCAACCACUGAAGGGAGUGGACUGUGGGGACGAAGUGGGGGAGUGGCUCACCAAGGUGUUGUUCAACGGGGAGACGAAGGUUCGACUCCUGUUCAAAGGGAAUGUGAUGCAGAGGAGAACAAUUCCACCACUGGGCUACAACUUCCCCCAGUACCGAUCCACAGACAGAUUAUAUUAUGCCGACUGUACUGGGUACAUGCUGGCGACAGAGUCAUCACUGGAGGACCUCAACACUCGCCUCCCAUUUCCCAUCACUAUGAACAACUUCCGCCCCAAUAUCGUCGUCAAGGGCUCCCCAGCCUAUGAUGAGGAUGACUGGGCUUUCAUAAGGAUCGGCUCGGCGGUCUUCAGGACACUUAAACCCUGUAACAGGUGUGUCAUGACGACGGUGAACCCGCAGACUGGGGAGCGAUACCCUAACCAGGAGCCACUACGCACCCUCCGCUCGUAUCGCUUGUUGAGUAACCCGCCUGAGUUGGCUAAGUCCUGGUCAACCUCGCCAGUCUUCGGCCUUAGUUUGGUUAUUGACACAACUGGACCAAUAGCUGUAGGGGAUAAAGUCCUGGUGGCCAGACUGUCAACUAACCCACACCUGAAAAUCUUCUAGAGUACUCAACCAGUUCCCCUAGAGUACUCAACCAAUUCCCCUAGAGUACUUAACCAGCGGGUCUAGAAUACUUAACCAAGAGCUUCAAACUUAACAACCAAGAGAUUGUUUAAAAUUUUCUACUCUACGUGUAUUCAUAACAUAACAUAACCUAACCAAACAAACAAUUUCGGUGAUGAUUAUAAGUCGAUAUGUAUUCAUUAAAAUUUAACAUAAUAAGCUGUAGCCUCACAAUCCUAUUCAGAACGACAUUUUAGUACUUUAUUAUGUUUUAGAGACCUAGAAUGUUGAGAGUGGCUGUAAAACAUGGACUAGGUAUUACAGUAUUACAGUCAAGAGAAUAACAGUGACAAGGACGUGUAUUGAUAUAUUGGCGGCAUCACACGAAUUAUUUCCGGCAACAGAUUAGGGCUCAGGUGAUGGUGAUUCUUCCAUUUAUGGCGAUCAUGAUUUACACCGAUGAAAGUUGCCAGCACUAACUCUCCUGUGAUACCGCCUUCAAGGUUAGGGUGACCGUAAGAUCAACCAAACGAAGUAGCUGAGGACGUUUAUGUAACAGAUGUGUUGUGUUGAAGAACGUAUUGAAUAGAGAGGUACAGUCCCCUUCACUAGUGCGUUUACAGGGACUCGUCAUGUAAACAUUCCAUAAAUCAUUACCAUUGA